AUGGCUGUCAGUAAGAGAGAUUUAGAGGAGUUGAAGCCAUGGGUGGAAGAAACUGUGAAACGGCGUUUAGGAUUUAACGAGAAAAGCGUGGUAAACGCUGCUUUGUAUUGCGUUACAAACAACUUGGACAGAAGUUCAUCUCGUGAAAAGUUAUCUUCACUUUUGGACGAUUUAGCUCCACAGUUCGUGAGCGACCUAUUCGACAAAGUAUCUCAGCUAAAGAGCAGUAAAAGUUCUAGUUCUGGAAAAAGUUCUCAAUCGAAAAAAAGAACUCUGGAGGAUGUGUUUGGAGAAGAUGCAGAUGACCGUGGCGACUCAUCAUACCUGAGGAGCAAACGAAAACAGAGCAGAUUUGACGCUCUAAAGGAUGAUAAUGUACCUUUACCACCAGCAAUGCCUGAAUCAAUAGAAAGAACUACUCCUCUGAGUAGCAAUCAAAUCAGUGAAAUGGUAGCAAGUAUGAAGAAACAAAUAGAGGAAAGAAAGAAACAGUUGACCGUUAUAAGGCAGGCUCAGCCAGCUGCUGUUCCUGUAGCUCCAUCAGUACCAAAAGUUUCUGCACAGGUAAAUAUUUGUAACAAUAGAGCAUUUCUGCAUUCUGCUCCGGUGAACAAACAUAAAGAAAUGAUGUCGUUGAACAGUUUCAUACAAAUCACUGUAUUUUCACGCGAGCCUCGAGUUGGCGCCUUGUUUAUAUGAAUGCUGGAAAAGUUUAUUUUAGAACAAUUGGUCACUUGUUGGAGGGCUUUAAAGAACUAAGCAUAAACACAGCAGUUUCUUUUGGUUUUCUGCAAGGUGCAAAUAAGUGGCCAGGUAUUCUGUAAUCUAGGCAAAUAUUCUUCAUCACAAUAAUCAAAACUCUAUUGUGAAUCAGUAUUAAGCACAUUCUCAGAGACCCAGUGGCAUUCUAUUAGUUUGAGUGGAUUUAAAAGUACAGAGAAAAUUGGCACAUUGAAUAUUUACAGAAUUGGGUUGAAGAGGCAGUUGGUGCUUUCUCCUAUCAAUGUAGGUGUAAAUGGUGAACAGCAUCAUCUGAGUUACCUUCAUGUUUCUUACAUGAAAAUUCUUGUCUUGCCUUACAGUACAUGUUUGGAUAAUUUUACCCAUGUUAUUAUUUGUAAAGUGAACUAGACCUUCACACAGUUGUGUGGAUUAGCAUAAAAAGGAAAUUUUAAACAGGAUUGGAACCCAUGUUCCCUCGCUUGAAUCAAUCAAAAGCAAGUUUGAUAACAUGUGUGAGUUCUUUAUCUAAUUUGAGAGCUUCCUGGCAAGUCAUCUACUUGGUUCUUUGAUAGUCAUAAUAUUCUGUCUUUUAUAUCUGACACUCCCCAUUCAUUAAGAAUCCACAUCCUGUUUGAAAACAAUCAUUUGCUUGAAAAAUUGAUCAGUUUGUGGAUAUAGCACUGAGUAAAAUUCCCAUGUUUGUGUUUGCUUUGCAGCCUCCUCCAAGUUUAUUACAGCAACAGGAGUUGAUGAAUGAAGCAAUAGAAAAAGCUAAAAGGGCAGCUGAACUACAAGCAAGGAUUCAAGCUCAGCUGGCAAAUAAACCUAACCUGGUAGGAACAGUGCUACAUUUGACUAAUUAUUACAUUAUGUUACAAAGCUGUCAAUCAGUGCUAGGAGCCAGGAAUUUCUUCUGAUUUCUUUGAGCAUGUCCCCUAGCUACUUUCAUCAGCAACCAAAAGAAAAUAGUGCUUUAUGAAAUUCCUAGCUGUUCAAUUCCCCACCUGAAAAUUUCUUUUUUCCGCAACUUGGAACCUUCACAAAAGACAUAAUAAUACAUGUGGCAUUGAAAUGACUGACAAUCAAAAUGAAAUGAAAUAGAUGGCAAUCCAUGCAGGUUAUGGGAGCAGUUUUUCGUGUGCUUGUUAUUACACAUUUUUUAUGUUUCAUUUUGUCCCCUCAGCUUUAGUCAAAGAGUAAACUUAAUGCUACCAUAAGGCUCCACAAACUUACUAUUCUAUUAAUAUGCAUAUCACUAAUGGCAGCAAGUUUAUAUGUUAGUCUUUGUUUGUUGUGGGCAAAGUACAUGUAUACAGUGCAUAAAUGUAGUUUUUAAACCAGUUGUUUUACUACAUGAUGUCACCUACCAUGUACAUGUAUUCCGGGUUUGGGAUACUUUUAAUAAUUUUUUUUUUGCAAACCCUGUGGUUAAUAUUGUUUUGAUUUUUUCAAUGUACUUGUGUUAAAUUUUGUUAUAAACCUUCAGUUUUCCAGCACAGGACUCACAAGUGCAGGCACAAACCUGAUUAAGUCAGGUUUAAUUUGUGUGUCUGCCAUUAAAGAAGAUGACUCUCAUCCAAAAGCCCUGAUCUUGGACCAGUCUGGGCGAACAGUUGAUGCUGCUGGGAGAGCCAUUCAGCUGACCAGCCGCAUGCCAACACUGAAGGCAAACAUCCGUGCAAAGAAAGCCGAGAAGUUCAAGAUUGAAAAGCCAACAGAAGAUUUAAAUGAAAGCAAAUAUUUUGAUCCUAGAGUGGGGUAAGUGGAGCUUCCAGAUUUACAUUUGAAUGUUUUUAGAAGGAAAAUGUGACCAGUUAAACUGCUUAUGUUGUGUAUUUUCAUGUAUAGUACUUAUUUUUGAGUCUGUGGUGUAUUUUGGAAGAAGGAGAUUUGUAACACCAGAAAGCUCAUAAAAAAUUUCAAGCUCCAGGUGACAAUAAUAUUGAACUCAUCACGACCCUGUGAGUUUUAGUUUGGAUGCUCUUACCACUGAGCUACUGUAGCCUCUAUGGCAAGCAGGGUCGAAAUUUAAUUAUAACUACACCAACAAUGUUGCAGGUCAAAAUCAAAUUCUGAUAAAUAAGUAUUUUAACCUACAUGUACUGUACAUUGUAGGUUGAUUCUCAAGCUCCUUUGUCUCCUAGCCCUAAUUCAUGAACUGUUGGGGUUAGGAAACAAAGAAAAUUGAACAGAUUCUUGCUAUGUACACUUUUAGUUACCUAUAAUAAAACAAUAUUUUCACAUGUAAUUAAAAGUAAUUCUAGAAUUGAAAUGCUCAUUAUAAUGAGAUCUUGAAUUAUGACUCAAUGAGAGGAAUUAUGUGUGAUAAGCCUGAGAUGCACCCAAAAAACAAGUUAAUUUGAUGCUCCAAGUCAGGGGACAAUAAUUAUUGACUCAAUUUUAUUAAGGCGUAAAAAUCACAGCUACAGCAGUUUUGUUGUGAAAGCUCAGUGAAGGAAUUUUCAUUUGAAACAAAUGGAACAUGGUUGUUAAAUAUAGCUUUGCAUACCUUUUUGGAUAUUUUUACUGUGUAUCUUGAUUUUGGGUAAGUGCAUGCCAGGAAGUGGCGUUAGUAACUUCAGGUUCCUGCUCUAUAUUUCCAAAAGGUCUAGGCAUCUUUGGUUAAGGAUUUUUUCUUUACUGAAGUACUGUGUAGUGCGUACCAAUCAUAUUUUUGUAAACAUGUAUGUUUUGUACUCACAGAUUACAUUUAAAUGAAGCGAUGAUCAUUGCAGUGGUGAUUGCAAUUAAUGCAAUUGCAUCUUAACCCGAAAAAAUUUCAUGACUUUAUUGGGAUUUCAACCCAUGGCCUCUGGGUUAGUGUGGCAGUGCUCUGCCAACUGAGCUAUGAAGACCCAUACAUUGGGAGCAGGCCAAUUUGUUGAGUUCAUCUUAACUGGUGAAAGGAAUGAAACAUCAGAUGAAGAUGAUGUGAACUGUGGAAAUACAAAUUUUAAAAUGAAGAUACGAUUGUUGCAGUGGUAAUUGCAAUUUAAGCAAUUGCAAAUUAACCCAAACAUCAAUGGGAUUCAAACCCAUGGCCUUUUUCUUUGGUUAGUUUGCAAUUGCUUUAAUUGCAAUUACUGCUGCAAUGAUCAUAUCUUUAUUUAAAAAUUUGUAUUUCCACAGUUCACAUUAUCUUCAUUCUCUACAUUACGUUUACUUAUAUGGAUGGAUGGGGUGCAUGGAAAAGAGCUCUUAAGGACACUUAAUCUUUUUUUAAUUUUUCUUUUGUAAAACAAACAUCUAGUAGUUUGUGACAAGUCAUUAAAGGCUUUUUUGGAUACAUGUACCGGUACAUUUACGUGGUAUUAAUGGCUUGGCUAAGGUAUGUACUUAAUUUUAAUCCAUAUUUUUGCUAGGAUAAAACAAGCGCAACGAAGCAAGCGAGGAUUUAAGUUCCAUGAAAAGGGAAAGUUUCAACAAAUGGCUCAAAGGAUCAGAGCUAAGGUAUGGUGUCCAUGUACAGUAUUGUCUCAAUAGCAAUUCAACAACAUUUCCAUUUAUUGUAGUAAUUAAUUGUCAAUUUUUGAUGAUAUGAUAAUUUUUAUUACAAAAUCAAACAUUCAGUUUUUGUCCUAUAUGAAAUGCAUUAUUUAAAUAGUCAGAUCAAGUUGUGUGAAGCAACUUCUGUAAUCUCAGAUACAUUUUUUUUCCAGCCUAAUCUGAUUUCUAUUGUUAAAGUGGUAAUUUUAAUAUUUUAUCUUUUCAGAAUGCGAAAUCCUGUUUUUUAAUUUGCUGGUGUCCUUGCUAAUUAUCAGCUCGUGGAAAAAACUGUCAUACAUGUACACUUACUUUCAUAAAUUCUGCAGUCUAAUUGGCUAACAUGCUCACUAUCCGUUUUAGUGAGUAGUGAGCUAGUAUUUUGAUAAAAAAACAAAACAGUGGCAACUUUUUCAAGAUUGAGAUUGAAGUAGAUAUAAUGCAUAAAUGCGAUCUAAGAAGAAACAGAAGCAGCCACAAAAAUAUGGUAUGAAGAUAUUGAGGGUGAGAGUUAAAAAUUUAGUUUUUUUCUGUGUGACAAACAAAAAGGGUUGUAUAGAAUUGAUGGUACAGUAGUACAGUAGUAUGGAAAAUAGGCUUGUACUAAAACAAUAAGAAUGCUCAUUCUUGUUUCCUAAGACUCAAAUUCAUGUACAGCUGUAGUCAACUUGGGGCUACGUGUACGUGGCUUGUGAAGUAUGGACUCAUAGAAAGCUUAAACUCACAGUGUAAUUGUAAGCAAACACUAAGAAGGACAAGGGUCUUUUUAUGCUGAAAGAUACUUGAUAAAAAUCACCCAAAAAUGCCAAAUGCCCAUAAAAAAUGAGCAAAAAUUCUAGCAAAUUUGUAAAAAAAAAUGAAGAAGGCGUAUUACCAACAUUGAUACUAGUAACUUGAUGAUGUGACUGGCCAUAGAAGUCUUAAGUUCACCUUCUCAUUGCUAAUAAUAUUUAAUACCUUUGCAUUUUAGACCCAGUUAGAUAAGCUUCAAAAAGAGAUCGCAGCAGCCGCAAAGAAAACAGGUAUUUCAUCAGCAACUAAACUUGCACUGAUCACACCAAAAGAAGCUCAAGAAGAUUUUGUUCCAGACAUUGAAUGGUGGGAUGCCAAUAUCCUGCCCAGUGGUAAAUACAUGAAUAACUUACAGACUGACAGCAUAGAGGCCUAUAUCAGUGGAGUGACAGCAUUGGUUGAACAUCCUGUACAGAAACAUCCGCCUGGUAAUUACAUUAAUUUAUAUGACUCGCUGGUCUUUUUUUUAGUGUAGACUGACACCAAUUUUCUAAUAUUGUAGUACACUGGAAAAAAAUUUCUUUUUGCCUUCAUUCUAAACUGUGACAAAACCUUCAGUUAAAAUACAAUUAAAAAUUACUAUUAACAAAUUAAGACUUUAAUUUUGUGCAGCCUACCUACACUUGAUACAGGUCUAUUUCUGAAAUUAUUUUUUGUGGAGCAGAAAACUCUGCAAAUUUCCUCCCGUUCUUGAUAAAUGUGCAUCUACUUUUUAUUUUGUAGACUUACACUGUGAUGGUUAAACACCUCCAGUCUGUCCUGUAACUUUAAAUUUCCUUUGUUUUCUCAUGUGUUUUCUCCCUACAUGAAGCUGAACCCAAAGAGGCACCUUCAGUUCCUAUCAUGUUAACAAAAAAAGAAAGAAAAAAGAUUCGCACUCAGCGACGGAGAGAGAUAGAAAAGGAGAAGCAAGAAAAAAUCAGGCUUGGUCUUGAGCCACCACCACCACCUAAAGGUGAGAGAAAUCUCCCCUCACCACUUCAGAUUACUGUCAGUGUUACGUACAUUGUAGAAAUCAGAAACAGUGGCAGCAUACUGGAGAGAGCGUUUGCCUCCCACCAUUGUGCACUGAGUUCAAGUCCUGGUGUCAAUGCCUGAAGUGGAUGUUGAUUCUCUUCUCUGCUGCGAGAAUUUUGUCCUUGAGUUUCCCUAAAAAACCAGCAUUUCCAAAUUAUAGCUCCACCUGGAAAGUGUCUUCAAACAGUGGGGGAUACUUCAAGAGCAAUACAUGUGGGUUUAUCACUUCUUGAAACCUUUCAAGUGUCACCACUCUCUAAUAAAGUUACAUUGUAGUUUGGUGGAUAAACUGCAGCAAGCUCUCUGUCCAAACUGAAACCAUCAACCAGCUUAGCCUUUAAAAAAAAAAUGCUCUUCUUCUUAUCACAGCAUACCGUGCGAGGCCGCUAAUCACAGUAUUGUCAGUAUUAUUUUUCUUUCUUUUUUUUGUCUUUUAGUGAAAAUCUCCAAUUUAAUGAGAGUACUGGGGAACGAAGCGGUGCAAGACCCAACUAAAGUAGAAGCUCAUGUGAGGGCACAAAUGGCACAAAGACAAAAGUAAGUGAUAUGUGAGAAGACUGCAGGUAAUUAUUGAACAAACCGGUUGACAGAAGAAGGGGUCAAUCAUGAGCAAUAACUUCUUGCUGAAUGUCGUGGAUAUUGAAAUGCGUGCAAAAUUCAGUUGCUAAAUUCCUGCUUGGUUUUAUUAUAUGAUUACACAAGUGGAAAGCAACGUCCUUGAACCUUUUGAGUGGUGGUCGAUGCAUCCACUCUUAGGAGAGAAAUUGGCCCGUGGCAAACCUUCCUCUGUAAUUGGCCGUCUACAAUGGAAUCGAAUAGAAACAUUGCUUGACUAAGCAUAUGCAUGUAAGGUGUCUAGGCGUCUAGGUUUUGUCAUCAUCGUCCACCAAAACCCAGAAAAUAAUUGCUUAGGUGACAUUGAGCUCACGCUUGCCACACAUGUUAAAUAUUACUGACGUCUGAAGGCGUUUAUCACUUAACAUUUUCCGGGGGGUGUAUUUUACAGGGCUCAUGAAGCUGCUAAUGCUGCCAGAAAACUAACUCCUGAAGCUCGCCGUGAGAAGACAAUCCGUAAACUGAAGGAGGACACUUCCCUUGGUGUACAUGUAGCAGUGUUCAGAGUAAAAGAACUAAAAAACCCUCAGAAAAAAUAUAAAGUGGAUAUCAAUGCACAGCAGCUUUACUUAACAGGUACAUGCGCUGUUAGUGUAGUGUAACGAAGUUCAGACAUGCCAGUAAUAACCAUCCCCACCUCUGUCUUCUAUCAACAUCGCGGUUUUCAAGUGGUAAAGUUUUGUUUCUUAUAAUGGCAACAAUCAAGGUUUUUUGAGGCCGGAGUCCCGUUGUUUUUAAUACGUGUACAUGUAGAAAUGUCCGAACACUAUAUUCAGUUUUUUUGUGUGUGUUUAUUUGACUUCUUCUUCACAUCAGUGUUCAAAACACACAAACUUAUUUCUUGAGAAUUAAAAGAAUGACUAAUUACUUUCCUCACGCAGGAGCUCGAAUGAAAUAAUUAUUCUACACCACGGAUGUACCAUAGGAUUUACCCUCCUUAUUCGUUUUGAAAACUGAGAGCGGACAGCGCAAUGAGUUGCGCUCUCAGAAAUGACAAAAACAGACCGUCACUUUGCGGACAGUUUAUCGCUGGACCUCACGAAAGCACUGCCCCUUGAUCCGGUACUCUUUUUAUGAAUUAAUUUUUAAUUUGAAAUGCCUUUUUCCCGUAAAGGUUGUGCUGUUCUAUACAAAGAUGUUAAUAUUGUGGUAGUGGAAGGAGGCCCAAAGUCAGUCAAGAAAUUCAAGCGUUUAAUGUUGCAUCGGAUCAAAUGGGAAGAUGAAAAAGAUUCUGAUGAUGAUGACGAGGAGGAUGAGGCUGCUGCCAGCAAAAAGACAGCGCCAUGUGUGUUAGUUUGGGAGGUAAAUGAAAAUUAUAAUGGGUGAAAUUUUGACACCACUGAUCAGUUUUCUACUAUCUCUUAAAGACUUCUUUUGCAAUGUUGUGGCAACUGGACAAGGAAUUCGAUUUGUACAGAAAAUUAUACAUCACGACUUGCCAUGAAUCUUCUAUGAAGCCCCCUCCCUCUAAACCCCCCCCUCCCCUUUUCUGGUUAAGAAAGUUUAUUCGACCCCAUCUCUUUAAGAAAAGUUCAUUAGCAGAAACGGAUGUUUAUAAAAUUAAAACUCAUGCUGUUGUUGUUUUUGCUACAUGUAUGUCGUAUUAAUUUCUUACUAUAAAUAUGUACUGUCGUUAUGCCGGUCAAGACUGUUAAUCUGCACUUUGCACUGCCUCAAACAAUGAGCCUGGCUUUCAUCUUCACAGCAUCAAGUGUGUUAAAGCACAAAAGUCAGCGCUCCCUUUUUAUUCCUUCGUCUUUUAAUCUGGAUGGACCUUGUGAUUGUUGAUAAUAGCCAAAAAGGACGUUCUUAAAUUCCACAGGGCACCAACCAAGAAAGGAACUUUAGCGACUGGAAAUUUAAAUUGUGUCCAAUGCAAUCGAUUGCAAGAGAACAUCUCAAGAAAUACGGAGUAGAACACUACUGGGAUCUGGCUCUUAGCGAAUCACUGCUUGAAAAUGCUGAUGAUUGA